AUGAGACACAAUCUGGUGUGUCAGACACCUCCCACUGUCACUGUUCAUGUAAAAUCAAGUGCAUCCAGAUCACAUCAGCAAAAACCCCUUAUUAGACUAAAGCGGCCUACUUCUAAAGACCAUGAAGCAAGUUGUAAAAAAAAGGUUGCUAGUCAUAAAUAUAAAUGUCCAAAGGGACCAUGCCUGGUUAUUCAGCGUCAGGAAAUGACAGCUUUCUUUAAACUGUUUGAUGAUGAUCUAAUCCAAGACUUCCUUUGGAUGGAUUGUUGCUGUAAAAUUGCAGACAAGUAUCUCUUGGCAAUGACUUUCGUUUAUUUCAAGAGGGCUAACUUCACAGUAAAUGAGCACACCAGAAUCAAUUUCUUUGUCGCUCUGUAUCUGGCCAAUACAGUUGAAGAAGAUGAUGAAGAAUCAAAGUAUGAGAUUUUCCCAUGGGCUUUGGGAAAAGCCUGGAGGAAGCUCUUCCCUGAUUUCUUAAAGUUAAGAGAUGAGCUGUGGAGUAGAAUUGACUACAGGGCUAUUGUAAGCAGACGCUGCUGUGAAGAGGUGAUGGCUAUUGCUCCAACACAUUACGUGUGGCAGCGCGAACGUUCUACGCACCACAGCGGAGCUGUGAGAAGCUACAAAGCUGAAGCCCAGCUGCCCCGAGGCCCUAGUGCUACUCCUACAGUCUGCCUGCUGUGUGGCAAGAAGGGAAGAUUUGUACGACUAGGAUUAUCGUCAUCUUCUUCCUCAUCUACUGGCACUCUGGAGAUGAUGGACUUACACUCAUGCCAGAAUCUGAAGAACACCCUUCCAACUGAAAAAGUGCUUGCUGACUCUUCUAUUUGUUAUGUCCAAGACUGUCAGAGCCCAUCCGGCAAAAGGACACCAGGUAACAGCUUGAACCAAGACAAAUCCAUGGACUGGUUCACAAGCAAUGAAGAAUGA